AUGAACAUUCGCUGGGGCGGACGGGAUUUCCACCGGUCACGAUUUGGAGAUUGUCGAGUCCGACGGGUCGAACUCGGUCUUGGCAACUUUAUAUAUUCAGCAGAAAAAGCAGAAAAACUUUCUCGGCCAGAUUUAUGUUACCACACAGACAAAGAUUAUCAAACCCGACUGCUCGGAAUGGACAUGAACCAGUUCCCAGAUGUCGCACCAGAUCAGCGGGAUCUCAUCCAAUAUUUCACCUGCCAGGCAUCGGCUAUGAUUUCGUGUCACCCACAGAUGCAGCAUGAAGCCUGCAAUGUGUUGAUGUCUUUGUCAUCCACAAGUACCGCUCUGCUUUAUUCUCUGUUGGCCUUCGCUGCUGGCCACCAAGCCUCUCGUACCACAGACGAAGUCAAAAAAAGACAUCUCCGACGCCAGAUGAUUCAACUCGAGACCAAAAGUGUACGUGAUCUUCAAGGGGAGAUUUCUCUUCAGCUUCGGUCAGGUGUUCCCCUUAUGGCAUCUAGUUUGAUGCUAUGUCUGUGCUCUCUUUGCCAUGAGGGUGACGACUAUAUAUCUUGGAGAGCCCACCUCCGAGGCGCAAAGGCGGCCUUUUCUAUUAUAAGCGCUACAGAAUUUGUAGGAAACGAAUCUCAAAUCGAAUACCUGACAAAGCGCUACCAGUUGCUAGAAGCUAUUGCAAUGCUUACAGCCAAAGGAUUUGAGGCGCUAGAGCCGAAGGACGGCCAGCAACCAUCCUCUCAAGCCUUUUUGAACGAUCAUGUGGCUUGUUACAACGAAGUUCUGGACAUGUUUCGCCAUAUUGGAGCUGUAGCUUUCGACCGACGCAAGCUUGAUGUUACACCACAAAACUCUAUUCUGUCUCCGAGUGAUUUUGAAUUGGAAGGUCAAAAUAUGGAGUCUGCUUUACUUCAAAUGAUACACAGAGACAAUGAUCUGCCGCCCAGAUUUCUUCCAAGAGUGCAGGAGAUGCUUAACGCCGACCAAGUCGGGGAAUUUACCAUCUGCAACCAAAUUUACGAAUACACGGCUCUUCUUCAUAUCCGUACUCAGAUUCGACGCUUACCUCUCGAUACACCUGAGGUUAUGGAAACCAUAAAAACCAUAAUCCAUCUCUCAAAGCAAGUUGAGCCCCGAUCUGGUCUCUCUCCCAGUCUUGGGAUCAACACCGCCCUUUCCGCUGCUGGAAUGUACGCCUUGGGGGAUAUUCGUCAGGAGAUCAGAGAACUUCUUCUUCUUCAUUAUGAAUCAACACGGAAUCAAAGCAUGAUGGUUGCACUUCAGAAUAUGGAAAGACACUGGCUAGAAAUGAGCUCUUUUCAAAGAAUAGCAUCAGACUCCAUAAACCAAGAUUUCCUCGCAUAUUGA